AUCUCUCUCACCACACAAAGAAAAUCAUAGAAAUCCCCAAUUCUCCGAAGGUUCUGUGAGGAUUUCAUUUCGUCUUUUAGGAAAUUAAUCACUCAUUUUGGGGCGAAGAAACUAACAACUGGUUCAAUCACUCCUCCAAAUUGAGUGUCUUUCUGAAAAUGGCGAUAAGAGCUUCUCCAGUUACUGGUUUAAGUUUGAUACCUACACCACCAUCUUCUUCUUCUUCGUCAAAUUCCUCCUCUAACCGGCUUGUUAUGCUAAGAAAACCUCUCAAAACAUCAUUCUUUAAUGGCGGUGUGGGAUCUUUAAGACUUUCAGUUCCAGCUUCCCGUCCCAACCGGUCCAGAUGUAGGGGAGCACUUGGUACCCAAAUGAAUCUUUUUGAUCGCUUUGCCAGAGUUGUCAAGUCAUAUGCAAAUUCAGUUCUUAGCUCAUUUGAAGAUCCUGAGAAGAUCUUAGAACAAACAGUGCUUGAAAUGAAUGAUGACUUGACAAAGAUGCGUCAGGCUACCGCACAGGUGUUAGCAUCUCAGAAGCGAUUGGAGAACAAAUACAAAGCUGCACAACAAGCUUCUGAAGAUUGGUAUCGUAGGGCACAACUUGCUCUCGAGAAAGGAGAUGAUAAUCUUGCUCGAGAAGCGCUGAAGAGGCGUAAAUCUUAUGCUGAUAAUGCAACUGCUUUGAAAACUCAGCUUGAUCAGCAGAAGAAUGUGGUCGAUAAUCUCGUCUCAAAUACCAAGCUUCUGGAAAGCAAAAUAAGUGAGGCAAGGGCAAAGAAAGAUACCCUCAAAGCACGUGCCCAGUCUGCAAAGACGGCAACUAAAGUGAGCGAAAUGUUGGGAAAUGUAAAUACAAGCAGUGCUCUUUCAGCUUUUGAGAAGAUGGAGGAAAAGGUGGAGGCGAUGGAAUCCCAAGCAGAUGCGCUUAAUCAGCUAACCACAGAUGACCUUGAAGGAAAGUUUGCGUACCUGGAGAGCUCAUCAGUAGAUGACGAUCUUGAGAACUUGAAGAAAGAAAUUUCAGGCGGCGCAAUAAAAAAGGAGCUUCCACCUGGUAGGUCAGCUGCCAGCAGCACUCCUUACCCUUAUAAAGACACAGAAAUUGAGAGAGAACUUAAUGAAUUGAGGAGAAAAGCGAGUGAGUACUGAAGACUUGGUCUAAUCUUUUUGAAUCUGAGAAACCUAUAGUACGUCUAUGUGAUCUCUUAUUCUUUUCUUUUCUUUUCUUUUCUCGUUGCAUUUAGAUUUUUACAAUGUACAGUUGAAAUGUCUAGAAGUGACAGUAAUUUUGUUUGGGUAGGGAUCAGGAGAAGCAUGCACUGUACCAAUCUAUAUAUUUGACAUUUGUCACAUCAUAAAUUCACACCCUAAUACAUGUCGUAUGUUUCUUUAUGCCUUCCAUAA